AUGGUCGAUGGCAGCUAUGACUACUACCACUACAUGCAGGACAAGUACGAUGACAGCGGCUGGGGCUGCGCGUACCGGUCCCUGCAGACCAUCUGCUCCUGGUUCCAGCGCCAGCACUACACCACAACACCCGUCCCCUCCCACCUACAGAUCCAAAAAAUUCUUGUGGACAUCGGCGACAAGCAGCGCUCGUUUGUGGGUUCAAAGCAGUGGAUAGGCGCGAUAGAGCUGGGCUUUAUUCUGGACACGCUGCUGGGAAUCUCCUGCAAGGUCAUCACCGUGUCCUCAGGCGCAGACAUGCCCUCCAAGGCCAGAGAGAUCGCGCACCACUUUGACACCCAGGGGACUCCUAUAAUGAUCGGCGGCGGAGUGCUCGCGUACACGCUGCUGGGCAUAGCUUUCAACGAUCGCACCGGCGCGUGCGCGUUCCUCAUCCUGGACCCGCACUUCACGGGAGCAGACGACCUGCGCGCAAUCCAGCGCGGCCAGUGGGUUGCAUGGAAGCCGGCCGACGGCCGCGCCGCUGCCGGGGGCGACCUCUUUAUGAAGGAUGCCUUCUACAACCUGCUCUGCCCCCAGCGCCCGAGCAUGGUCUGA